AUGUCUAGUGGAGUGCCUGCAGCUGCCGCCGUCCCGACUCCCGGCCAGCGCGUCGAGCCGAAACUCGUCUCGUUCGCCUUCAAGGAAUCGCACAAGUACUCGUUUACCUGCGACCUCGAGCUGGACGUGACCGACCCGGCACUCUCCGCGACGUUUGAGCUGCCGGAUGUGCCGAUACGGGGCGACUGGUCGUGCACCGUCGAGCGCGUCGAGCAAGAUCUUCACUUGAGUAUUCUGCACAGCUCGCUGCCUUCGGGCGCGUACGGACUCGGGUCGGGUCGCAUGCAAGUUUCCGCUGUGCUGGAGAAGGAGGAAUACUCACUUGGAAGCUUUUCUUGGGGGACCGAAUGGAUGCCGAGCAGGUAUACCGACGACAUGAACCUUGCCUUCGCAGGCUGGCGCAGCACGAUAGCCGCUGUCGAGCUCGAGCCUGCCACUUCCGGCUCGACUUAUGACCCAGGCAAGCACCGCCAUAACGCGUCUUGUGUGAACUCGAACCUGGAGCAGCUAUUCCCGCUCGAGCUCAGCCCCAUCUCGCGCGAUGUCCGCUUUCUCUUUCCGCAUGCACCGUCAGGAGGCGCGGAACUUUGGGCAGACGCCGACUUCCUCGCUCACGCCUCGCCUUUCUUCAGCAGUCUACUCUCGUCUGGUGUACCUCAAGAGUAUCCAAUGAAGCUCAGCAACGACACCAGCCUGCAGUACAAGCAGAUCCAGAUCACCGAGACUUCCUUUUCGACGUAUCGUGCUGUCCUUGCGUACCUUCGAACCGACUCGAUCGAGUUCGCGCCGCUGUCCUCGGACUGCAAGCCGCUCAGCACAGAUGCCAAGCACACCCGCCGGCACUAUCUCGCAGUUUCCCUCGAUGCAAAACUCCCGACCCUCGUCUCGCCCAAGUCGACCUACCGGCUCGCACACCUCCUCGAGCUUGGCGCGCUACAGAAGAUCUGCAUCAACCGCCUUCGCCACGUCCUGCGUCCCGAGAACGCCCCGAUUGAGCUCUUCUCGAGCGUCUCGCAGCUGUACGACGACUGGCGCAAGGUCAUCCUUGACUACAUCUUGGACAACUGGGACGCGGUGAUGAAGACUGACUCGUGGAAGAAGAAGAAGGGCGAGAUUGACAGCCGCAAGUUGCCUGAGUCUGCGCCCAUCCUCCUCGAACUCUUCGAGGCCAAGUUGGCGACCAUCAAGAAGAAAACGUACGGACCGCUCUGUCUGUCCAUUGUCAGACCCUGA